GGAGAGUGUGAAAAAACAGUGAAUUGAAAUUUGAGUUCCCGCCCAAUCGACAAGUAUCAAAAGGGAAAAAAGAGAAGCUGUUAAUUUUGUCGUUUAAGGUUAAAACACAGUCAUUAUAAGGUUGGCUCUGUCUCUGAUUGGGUUGUGCUAUUGUUGUGGUGGUUGAGUUCCUCUAAAACGAACAAAAAGAUACUCUUAUUCUCUAUCACUUAAAAAGAAAGAUCAAUUAUGGAAGAAACUGUUAAAGAGCAACAGCCUGUAGUUGUUCCUGGGAAAUCAAAAUUAAGAUACCCACUAAGAUCAGCAACGAAAGCCAAAGAGGAGAAGCAGCCGGUGGCUGAAUUGUCGAACUCCUCUGCUUCCAAGAGGGUUAGGCCUGCAUCAAGUGUAAGUAAAAGUGUGGGUAUCCUUGAUCUGUCUAGCAAGGAAAAAUCUGCUAAGCCACCAAGAAGGCUGUCUAUUCCUACCAAGUCAGGAGUCACUACAGCUGCUAAAUCAACUGGAAACAUUACCCCAAUAUCUGAGACCAGAACAAAGAGAACUACUAAUGUUCAGGGGAGAAGUGAGACUCCUCUUUCUGAUGUUUCUAGAACAUCAAACAGGAAAAAGUUCAAUAUGCUGGCUUCUUCUUCUUAUUGGCUAUCUCAAAUUAAGCUAUCUGAAUCUGCUGCUAAGCACUCCAUUUCAAUUGGUUUUUUCAAGCUUGCUCUAGAAGCUGGAUGUGAGCCUCUUCAACGGAUGAGGGAUGAGCUUAAAUCAUAUGUGCGCCGCCAUGAACUCGGCGAAAUGGAAGAAUCAUUGAAAGAACUGUUUGAGAGGUAUAAUAUUGGAGAAAAUCAAGAGCAGGUGCAGGUUUCUGAAUCCUGUUCUCAAGUUCCUGAAGAGGGAACUCGAUCAUCUGAUGACGAAGUUCACAGCUCUUCUUCUACAAUAGGGACUAGAAAACUGAGGCCUAGGUCUCUAAAUGCUGAUGCUGCUCAAGUUCCCACUGUUACAGAACCAGCCAAGAAAGAAAUUACUAAGAAGAAUACUACUGCUGCAUCUAGGGCUAGAGGAUCUCUGAACAAGAAUAGAGUGAAUUCGAGAUCUGUUUCAGACUCUGCUGGUGGCAAGUUACAAAAGAAACAGCAGAAGCCAAGUAAGCAAGAAACUACCAAGGAGAAAAACAAGAUCAAUAAGCAAGGAAAGAAAUCUGCAUCUGAAGAAGCAGCAGGUUCAACCAGCCCUUCAUCUGCUUCCACUAGUCCUGAAGAAAACAAAGAAAAUGUGAAUCAGCCGGCGAUGGAAGAAAUCAAUCUGACAGAAGUCAUCAGUUAGGCAAUUCUGUAGCAAAAUGUUGAACCAUAUCAUUCUUGUUCUCUUUGUGGGUUUGUCUUCAGUGUUUUCUGAAGUGGGGAUUUUCCUUUGUAUAGAUAGAAAAAGUUGAAGGUGAAGGUGUUGGUAAUGGUGUGAAAGCAAAGACUUAUAUUGUGUUUUCAGAAGUUUGUGUUUUCAAAACAUGGCAUUGAUGUCUAGAAUUAUAAAAAUUUAUAUUUCGUCAUACAUAUUGUAUUUAAUGAAUUUUAACUUAUUUUUGGCUUAAUAUUAUCCAUCUUCAGGAUAAAUUUCUUGUACAACAAAAUGCUUGUAUUACUUGAAGUAAAUCAUAUUCUGAUUGCCCAAAA